AUGGCCCCCCUUAAGAUCCUCAUUACUGGCGCCGGAAUCGCCGGUACGGCACUCGCCUUCUGGCUCGCGAAGCUCGGUCACGAUGUCACCGUCAUCGAACGGGCUGUUGAGCUACGGACAAGCGGACUCCAACUUGACCUCCGUGGGCCCGGCAUCCAAGUCCUGCGCCGGAUGGGACUCGAAGGAGCAUUCCGGAGACAUGCUGUCGCUGAGGAAGGGCUUCGGCUUGUUGAUGGGAAAGGCAAGAGCUGGGGGUAUUUCGGAGCGAAUCGAUCCGGCAAGGGGGUGCAGAGUCUCACGACGGAUUGGGAGAUUAUGAGGGGGGAUUUGUGUAAGAUGUUUGUUGAUGCUUGUGGGGACCGGGUGAAGUUUGGCUUUGGGGUACAUGUUGUCGGGGUCAGGGAAGUGGAUGGUGGUGUGGAGGUUGAGUUUUCCAAUGGGAAGACGGACCGCUUUGACCUUGUGGUUGGUGCUGAUGGAUUAUGGUCCAAGACGAGAAGGAUGAUGCUUGCUGCUGAUGGCGACGAGAACCCCGGAUACCAUUCCAUCGGCGUGUUCGCUGGAUACUGCACCAUUUCCUCGGAGAUCGAAGACGGCGAGCAGUACGACGCUACUGGGUUUAUCACGACCGGAAACCGCGGUAUCAUGAUACGGCGGCAUGACCCCCACAAGAUCCAAGCAUACGUGAUGUGUGAUUCGCGUGCAUCCGAGCGGCUGAUCAAGUCGAAAAGGGGCGACAUAGAAGAGGAAAAGAGGGCUCUAGCAGAUGUCUUCCUGGGCGCGGGCUGGAAGUCUGAACAGAUACUCCACGGUCUUGUCGGAUCAGACGACUUUUAUUGCGAGCGGAUGGGGGUCAUCAAACUGAACGAGUGGUCUCGCGGUCGCAUUGCGCUGGUUGGUGAUGCAGCGUACUGUCCAUCGGCCAUGACCGGUAUGGGAACCACAUGCGGUAUUGUCGGAGCGUAUAUCCUUGCCGGGGAGAUUGACAAGCACUGCCGAACAAGUGCCGGCAAAGAAACGAUCAAGGAUGCACUUGCGGCGUAUGAGCAAAGGUUUAGACCUUACAUGGAUCAAGUCCAGAAAGGACUGACGGACACUGAUCACUACAUGGACAAACUUCCCUCGUCGCCCUUUGGAAUCGGCGUUUUAUAUUUUGUCUUCUGGAUUGCGUCGGUGCUGAGGUUGGAUAUCAUUGCUCAAUGGAUGUUGCGUGAGAAGGCCGAUGGGUGGGAGCUUCCUGAGUAUCCUGAUAUGCAUGCCUGA